CCUCUGCAGUGCAGGCCGUCUCAUCCUUUCAGGAACCCCUGACAAGACGUUUUGUCGGAGGCUGGUCCCCGGCAGGAGGGGCCGCGUGGAAGACGAGGGGAGUUGGGAGCGUGAGUCCUGAGCAGGAAGCUUCCAGGCGGGGCCACCAGAGUCCCCUGCACUGGCUCCAGCCGCUGCCCUCCAGAGAAGCCCCUGAGCCCCAGGUCCCCACCUAGUGAGCCUCGCCCUGGCCCUGCCUUCGGGGCGGGGACUGGUGCAGCCAUAAAGCUGAAAGGGUGAGAGACAAAGGCUGACUGCGGAGGCGAACCCGGAGCAGAGCACACAGAGCCAUGGGGGGAGAGCGCCCAGCACUGGGCUGGGCGGUGGCGGCCGUCUUGGCGCUGCAGAUGCUGGCGGCAGCAGAGCGCCCUUCCCAGGCGGCGAGUGCCAGCAGCCAGGCCGCGGUGUUUGCAGACCUGAGCGCCCAGGAGCUGAAGGCCGUGCGCAGCUUCCUCUGGUCCCGGAAGGAGCUGCGGCUGGAGUCCUCCAAAGUGCAGACGGUGGCCAAGAACUCGGUGUUCCUCAUCGAGAUGCUGCUGCCCAAGAAGCAGCACGUGCUGGGGUUUCUGGAUAAGGGGCAGAGGCCCCCCGUCCGGGAAGCGCGGGCCAUCAUCUUCUUCGGAGCGCAGGCGCACCCCAAUGUCACCGAGUUUGCCGUGGGGCCCCUGCCCCAUCCCUACUACCUGCGGGAGCUGCCGCCCAGGCCCGGGCACCGCGCGCACUGGGCAGGGAGGCCCCUGGGGGAGGUGGAGACCGAGCUCCUGCACGGCGUCCUGCAGGAGUCCACCAGGCCGCUGCACCAGUUCUUCCUGGACACCACGGGCUUCUCGCUGCUCAACUGCAGCUCCCGCUGCCUGACCUUCACCGACGUGGCGCCGCGCGGCCUGGCCUCCGGGGAGCGCCGCACCUGGUUCAUCUUACAGCGCUACGUGGAGGGCUUCUUCCUGCACCCCACGGGGCUGGAGCUCCUGGUGGAUCACAGGAGCACGGACGCCCGAGCCUGGGCGGUGGAGCAGGUCUGGUACAACGGCAAGUUCUACGGGAGCCCAGAAGAGCUGGCCCAGAAGUACCACGCUGGGCAGGUGGACGCCGUGGUCCUGGAGGACGUGAGCACCAUGGGCCAGGUGGGAGAGACCCCCGAGGAGCCGCCCCUCUUCUCCUCCUACCAGGUGCGCGGGGACUUCCCCAGCCCCAUCGCCGUGCCCGGCCCGCGCCAGGUCCAGCCCGAAGGGCCCCGCUACCGCCUGGAGGGCAACGUCGUGCUCUACGGGGGCUGGAGCUUCGCCUUCCGGCUGCGCUCCUCCUCGGGGCUGCAGGUCCUGAACGUGCGCUUCGGCGGCGAGCGCGUGGCCUACGAGGUGAGCGUGCAGGAGGCGGCGGCGCUGUACGGGGGGCACACGCCCGCGGGCAUGCAGACCAAGUACAUCGACGUGGGCUGGGGCCUGGGCAGCGUCACCCACGAGCUAGCCCCCGGCAUCGACUGCCCCGAGACGGCCACCUUCCGGGACGCGCUCCACCACUACGACUCCGACGGCCCCGUGCGCUACCCGCGGGCCCUCUGCAUCUUCGAGAUGCCCACCGGGGUGCCCAUUCGGCGGCACUUCAACUCCAACUUCAGCGGGGGCUUCAACUUCUAUGCUGGGCUCCCGGGCCGCGUGCUGGUGCUGCGCACCACCUCCACAGUCUACAACUACGACUACAUCUGGGACUUCCUCUUCUACCCCAGCGGCGUGAUGGAGGCCAAGAUGCACGCCACGGGCUACGUCCACGCCACCUUCUACACCCCCGAGGGGCUGCGCCACGGCACCCGCCUGCACACGCACCUCAUUGGCAACAUGCACACCCACCUGGUGCAUUACCGCGUGGACCUGGAUGUGGCAGGCUCCAGGAACAGCUUCCAGACCCUGCAGAUGAAGCUCGAAAACAUCACCAACCCCUGGAGCCCCAGACACCGCCUGGUGCAGCCGACUCUGGAGCAGAGGGGCUACUCCCGGGAGCGCCAGGCGGCCUUCCGCUUCAGAAAGCCCCUGCCCAAGUACCUGCUCUUCACCAGCCCCCAGAAGAACCGCUGGGGCCAUAAGCGCAGCUACCGGCUGCAGAUCCACUCGAUGGCCGACCAGGUGCUGCCCCCGGGCUGGCAGGAGGAGCGAGCUGUCACCUGGGCCAGGUACCCCCUGGCCGUGACCAAGUACCGGGAGUCUGAGCUGAGCAGCAGCAGCAUCUACAACCAGAAUGACCCCUGGGACCCUCCUGUGGUCUUUGAGGAGUUUCUUCAGAACAACGAGAACAUUGAAGACGAGGACCUGGUGGCCUGGGUGACGGUGGGCUUCCUGCACAUCCCCCACUCCGAGGACAUCCCCAACACCGCCACGCCCGGGAACUCCGUGGGCUUCCUGCUCCGGCCCUACAACUUCUUCCCAGAGGACCCGUCGGUGGCGUCCAGAGACACAGUGAUCGUGUGGCCCCGGGACCACGGCCCCAACUUCGUCCAGCGCUGGAUGCCCGAGGACCAGGACUGCCUGAAGCCCCCGCCUUUCAGUUACAAUGGCACCUACAGGCCCGUGUGAGGGGCCCGCCCCCCCCAGGAGCCCCAGCGCCCAGAGAGGGACAAUAAAGGCCGCAGG